AUGUCGUAUUCACUAAAGGGUCGGAAUGCCCUAAUCACUGGUGGCUCUCGGGGAUUGGGGGCUGUUGUGGCUCAGAAAUACGCUGCCGAGGGAUGCAACAUUGCCAUCAAUUAUGUCUCAAGUAAAGAUGCAGCAGAGAAGCUCGCAUCCGAGCUCCAGACUCAGUACAAUGUCAAGGCUAUCACUAUUCAGGGUGACGCGAGUCGUCGAGAGGACUGCAGCAACGCCGUCAAGACCACAAUUGAACAGCUUGGAGGGUUGGAUAUAGUCAUCUCAAAUGCAGGUUGGACGAAGAUGACCACGUUUGCAGACUUGGAUGCUAUGGAUGAUGACGACUGGGAUAAAUGCUGGUCAACAAACGUCAAGAGCAGUUGGUAUCUCUUUAAGGAAGCAGCGCCCACUUUCAAUGCAAACCCUGAUGGGGGAGUUUUCAUCAUCACAUCGUCCACAGCGGCCGUGACGCCAAGUGGGAGCAGCUUGCCAUACGCUGUAACGAAGGCAGCAGGCUUACACCUUAUGAAGUGUCUGGCACAAAGUCAGGGCUCGAAAGUUCGCGUCAACGCCGUGCUUCCCGGUCUGUUGCUCACUGAGUGGGGGCAACGAUUCCCUCCCGAGAAGCUUCAGGGCUUCAAGAACAAGGCAGUAUUAGGGAAACUGCCCGAGGUGGAGGAUGCUGCCGAGGCAUACGUGAUGCUGGCCAAGAACCCAUCCAUGACAGGACAAUCCAUUCAGAUCGGUAAGCAUUCCCAGGCCUCUUUUUACAGCAAUCUGACUGUCACAGAUGCCGGUUUCGCUAUUAAAUGA